AUGAAAAACGAUCGGAUAUGUUGGCAAACAGUUAAUGUUCAUGUAAGUACUAUUUUUUAUCGUAUUCUAUUAUUUUUUAUUAUACUUUAUGUUCUUACCUUUCUUUUUUUUGCAAUUUUUCAUCGUUAAUAUUAGUUUUGGCUAUCUCUACUUUAAGAUGUGCCACUAUAUUUUACUUUGUUCUCCUAUCAAUUUAUUUUUAGACAGCCGUGUUUAUUAUGACGUUUCCUUUACUAUUAUUAACGGCGGUGUUAAUUGUCAUAGAGGUUACCGGCGAAGACUUCAGCUGGAUUUAUAUAAUUGCUUAUGCUUUCGAUAUGCUAAUUACGUUGUUAUUGUUAAUUGGAAACCGGCUGAAGCGUGUGGUGUUGUACUGCCCUUUUUUGGUUUUAAAUGUAAGUCUUUUGAUGACAUAUUAUCGAUUAGUUUUUGAGCUACAUUUUUCUGUUUUUGAAGCGUAUUUUUGUUUUAAAUACCUUUUAGAAUUAACGUUGCAGUAGUUUUUUAUAAUCUACUUUUAGGUAAUCACCAUUAUUAUAUUUAUGUUAUUCUGGCUCUUAUUAGUUGUGGAAUACAUCAUGGAUAUGGUAGUAGACAAACACAAAGAGGAAGAUCGUAUUCGGAGAACUAUGAUGGCAAUUUUUAUUAUUUUUUCGCUUACUGUAACAAUAUCAAUUCGCAUCUACCUUGAGUAUAUUAUCAUCAAAGACCGCUCGUUUCUGCUUGGUCAUCGAGCUUCAAGUGCUUCACGAUGUGAAAAGACCUCUACCUAG